GAGUGCGUUUGAUUGUUGCAGGGCUCAAUGGCGGACGAAGUAGGGGUAGUCAGUAGCGUUCACACCGAGGACAAAAACGUUUCUACUGGGUGAAUUGCUGGCGUGACUCGGUCCGUCACUGCGUGUCUCCAGGUGCUGCAGCCGAAACGAGCCUUAUUUGUACAACAGCGUGAACCACGGAACCGCUGCAGCUGUUUUAUCGUUUGAAUUUUUUUUUUACGGUCGGUUUCGCCGAGUUCCCAUCAUCCCGAGCCGAGAAGUUAAAACUGUUCAUGGUGGCUCACUGAAGCCAGUCAGCUUGUGAGCGAACCAUGGGGGACUCUCUCGAAUUAAUCGGGAAYCGUCUGACUUUGCUUCUCGACGACGACAGGCCCGCGAACAGAUCCGAAACGGAGCAGGCUGCUCGGGCCCGGGACUGGCUCCAUGGAACGGUGCGGGCGGUGAGCGUAAUCGGCCUGGCCGCUCCGGAGGUUAGCGAAGGAGGGGAGGCGACAACAACAAGCAGCGCUGCAGGGCUGACGGUYUUUGUGGAGUUUGAGAAGGCAUCCCAGCGAUGUUCCUGGGUGCAGGUGUAUGACGAGGGGGUGAAGGCCGUGUUGGUUGAAGACUCAAUAGUUUGGGUCAGCCGUAGUGACGGUACAAGGGCCACUGGAGUUCCAGCGUCAGCCGCAGCCUGGCCUGCUCUGGCUUUCCGCUCGCUGGUGGACAGAGUGGGUUUAGGAUCGCUUGUUCCUGUGGAGUAUUUUGGAAGCAAGAAUUUUGAAUUUUUGUGUGAUAACAAAAGUGUCCAGAGGUUUGAGGUUGAUAAAGACAUGAGACACCCCUUGCUGUUGGAGCAGCCAUCACUGCAGGCCGCCAUCUCCAGCUGGCGAACUGACUUUGAACUGCAGGAGAUCUUCAGGAAGGGUUCAUACACCGUUCAAGGACGCAGAGUUCGUGUGUACCAGCCAGAGUUUGAGGAGUGCUGGGCCUCUGGAAUGGUCUCACAGCAUGAUCCCAUCUCGCACAUUAUGGAGAUUACUUUGGACAAGGCAGAAGAAAAUCAGAUGGUAGAUCCUCGUGUGAUACAUGUCAUGCUAACAGAGGAGGAGAAUGGACGACGAGGGAAGGACAGUGAAACGUUGAAGGGAGAUGGAGGACGCAGACGUAAAACUCCUUCGGAGGAUGAGGAGGACUUGCACUUGAAACGUUUUAAAGGAGCUGUUGAUUCUGACACAGACGCACAAAACUCUGGCGACUCCAGUAAAGUUGCAGUGGAAGGGAUGGGGAUGUGGGCUGGAGACUCUGGAGGGAGAAUCAGCAACACGGCCAAAAACGGGAACUCCAUAGACGGCGUCUCCCCUCAGGUGAGGGCGCCUCCUCCAACCCCCAAUUCCAAACCGCAGAUGGACCCGUCAAAUGCUGCUGCUCCUCGUUAUCCUGCCCAAGUCAAAGAAAAUGGUCGCUUGCUCUCUAACCAAGGAGCAGCAGACUCCACCAGCAUUACCUCUCUCACCCCCAAUCCUCCUCCACUUAAACCAGCGCCCUCCCCCUUCUCGGCAGCAUCUUUUCCCUCGGUAGGGCAGAUGCCAAUCCUGGUCCCUGGAGCUCCAGCUUCGAAGCCCUCCACAUCCCCCCAACUAGAUCGAGAAGAUUCCUGCCAGUCAGRUUACUCUAAAACAGCUGCUCUUGUGUCCCCGGGGCCUGUCACUAUUUCCUGGUCACAGGACAGCAGUCCCAGCGUGGCACUGUCUGCGUCUGUGGGUUUUGGUCCUAAAGCUCCUACCUGGGGAAGCCAGACUGAGAACUCAAAAACAGCACCGGGUUUUUGUUUGCCCCAAGCUGUGCCCACUGCCCCRGUGUUUGGAGAUGCUGUCCCACAGACCAAUGGGGAUCCCGCCACCACCACAGCCUCCCAGAGUACCCCGAGGCCUUUUGGCUUUGGUUUCAGUGGGAUUAAGCGUGAGACUCAGUCGCAGCAAGACCAGAAUCUGUUUUUUCAGUGUAUGACUCAGAAUUCUGGCACCAGCUCAAUCCUCACAAAGGGCCAGACUCAAUCCAAGGACACAAAUUACUUUACUGCAGUGUCUGAGAGUCUGAGUAAAGAGACCCCAGGCCUUUAUAAACCUGGAUCUUCCACUGAAGGACUGAAAAAGCCUGAGCAGCCCAAAGUGCCUGAGGCCCCUUCAGUGGGAAAUGGUGUAUUCAACAAAUCGUCAGCCUUCCAGGGUGGUGCUACAGGAGGGCGGAGUCCCAGUUCAACAGUCGGUGGGCUCAAUGCGGCCCCUGGAACCCAAAGUGCUAUUAAGAAGAACAGUAAUAGUGAAACUUCUGUCGGGGGGUUAGGACUGCAGUCCAGUUUUAAUUCCUCAGAUAGCCACCAGAACAUUUUUCUACAGGCCUCCAAAGAGUCUGCUAAUCCAUUUUUGGCAUAUGGGGAUAAAAUUGCUCACACAUCUUUUGGUGGCCUGUCUGGGACUGAGCCACAAACUCUUGGCGUUGCCUUGGACAGUAAACCCAACCUGUUUACUAUGGCAGAGCCACCUAAAGGUAUUCUGUCCUCCACCUUCCAAUCAGUCUCAGCGGCUGGUUCAGUCAGCUCUUCCUCAACUCCCACACAUCCUCAGAGUGAGGUGUCUGUAAUAAAGAAGGAGCAAGAAGUUGGAGAGAUGCCCACAUCCACCUUGGGCUGCCCCGUACUUGGAGGUCUCAGCCCUGGUGGAAUGAAGGAAGUGCCUGGGCCCUUUGACCAGAGCCAGUCUCAGAAGUUCAGCCUUGAAGAAAGAGAAAGAGGCCCCUCAUGUAAGCGUGACUCUGACUUCAGCAGUAACAGUGACCUGUCGGACCUGAGCGAGAAUGAGGAGGGCCUCGAUAAAGGCCAGCUCCUUGGAGAGCGUCCUCUUCCUACCAAGGAUGGAGCCAUUCAACAGAAAGCAAAAAUCCAAGGGGCUGUUAAAGGCCGUCCACGCAACAAGCCUUUCAAAGUUGGCCAGUCCGUACUAAAAGAUCAGAGCAAGGUGCGUCGUCUGAAACAGUCUGGAGAGUCCUUCCUCCAAGAUGGCUCCUGCAUCAGCGUGGCUCCUCAUUUGCACAAAUGCCGCGAAUGUCGACUUGAGCGUUACCGUAAAUACCGAACCACCGAUGACGACAGUGAUGAAGAUGACGAUCCAAAUGUAGCCUGUCGUUUCUUCCACUUCAGAAGGUUGGCUUUCACGCGUAAAGGCAUAUUGCGCGUGGAAGGCUUCCUAAGUCCUCAGCAGAGUGAUGCCAUGGCUAUGGGACUCUGGUUGCCUGCACCAGCUAUACAAGAGGGCCUUGACCUAGACACAUCCAAGUACAUCCUGGCCAAUGUGGGAGACCAGUUCUGUCAGUUGGUCAUGUCUGAGAAAGAGGCCAUGAUGAUGGUGGAGCCUCACCAAAAAGUGGCAUGGAAACGAGCUGUUCGAGGUGUCAGAGAAAUGUGCGAUGUAUGUGAGACAACUUUGUUUAACAUCCACUGGGUCUGUCGCAAGUGUGGCUUUGGGGUGUGUCUGGACUGCUAUCGGCUCCGCAGGAACAGGCCGAGAGAAGAUGUGGAUGAAACACCAGAAGAUGAGGUUUUCUCUUGGUUAAAAUGUGCCAAAGGUCAACCUCAUGAGCCACAAAACCUCAUGCCAACUCAAAUUAUACCUGGAACAGCCCUUUACAACAUAGGUGACAUGGUGCAUGCUGCAAGAGGCAAGUGGGGUAUUAAAGCUAACUGUCCUUGUGCCAGUCGGCACACAAAGUCUUUGGUGCGCCCUACUGCCCCCAAUGGCAUUUCACAGCAAUCUACAACCAGCAGUGGAGGUGGCCUCACAACUGCAGCCUCUGGUACUAGCACUACUCCAAAACCAGAAGGAGAAACAUCAGUGAUCAAAACAGAGCCUACACAAACAGCUACACCCUCAGAUACUGGGGGUGGGGAAAGUGUGGGUAGUACCAGUAACUCCAUUAGUAGUACUUCUUCUCUCUGUAAUGUCACUCAGUCCCCUACCAAGGACUCACGCUCAUCAGGAGAGGGCAACAGUUCUGCGCUGCAUUGGCUGGCAGACUUGGCUACACAGAAGGCCAAGGAUGACACCAAGGAAUCCAGUUCACUUCGCUCCAUGAUGAACCGAGAAAGUCGACCUCCCUUUGGCCUGGACUCACUCAGUGCCCUUUCAAAGCCGUCUGCUUCCAGCCCGAAGCUGUUUAACAGCUUGUUACUUGGCCCCAGCAUGACCCAGUCCAAACCUGAGGGGUCAAGUCUCCGUGACUUGCUCAACUCUGGACCAGGCAAGCUGCCGCAAGGCCCUGGAGAGAGUGGGGUCCCCUUCCCCUCAGUUUUUACCUCAUCAAGCGGCGACAAAAUGAAGAGCAGCCUUCCAAACUUCCUGGAUCACAUCAUCGCCUCAGUUGUGGAGACCAAGAAAGCAGAGGGCCGUCGCGCUGGGUCUUCUGAAGGCAGCGAACUUAGUGUUUUGGGUGCUCGUAAAGAUGGAAUUAUGGGUCUAAGUGUUUUAGAACCUCAUACCUCACACACUUGGCUCUGUGAUGGGCGACUCCUUUGCCUACAGGAUCCUGGCAACAGCAACAACUGGAAGAUCUUCAGAGAGUGCUGGAAACAAGGCCAACCUGUGUUGGUGUCUGGGAUACAUAAACGCCUGAAAUCUGAACUGUGGCUGCCUGAGGCCUUCAGCAGGGAGUUUGGAGACCAGGAUGUAGACCUGGUCAAUUGUAGAAACUGUUCUAUUAUUUCUGAUGUAAAGGUGCGAGACUUCUGGGACGGUUUUCAGACGAUCUCAAAGCGGCUGCAGGACAGUGACGGCAGGCCCAUGGUGUUAAAGUUAAAGGACUGGCCUCCAGGGGAAGACUUUAGGGACAUGAUGCCCACAAGGUUUAACGAUUUAAUGGAAAACCUGCCCUUGCCUGAGUACACAAAAAGGGAUGGUCGUCUAAACCUCGCCGCACGCUUGCCCAACUUCUUUGUGCGUCCUGACCUUGGACCAAAGAUGUACAACGCCUAUGGCUUGAUCUCAGCUGAUGACAGAAGGGURGGAACCACUAACCUUCACUUGGAUGUGUCUGAUGCGGUCAACGUCAUGGUUUAUGUUGGCAUCCCUCUACGAGAAGAUAACCACGAGGAAGAGGCAGAAAUCUCUGGAUAUAAAGAGGUCAUGACCACUAUAGAGGAGGGAGACGUGGAUGAGAUGACAAAGAGGAGGGUGCACGAGGGGAAGGAGAAACCGGGAGCUCUGUGGCACAUCUACGCUGCCAAAGACGCUGAGAAGAUUCGAGAAUUGCUCCGCAAGGUGGGAGAAGAGCAAGGUCAGGAGAACCCUCCAGACCACGACCCCAUUCACGACCAGAGCUGGUACCUGGACCAGGGGCUCCGGCGGCGCCUUUAUGAGGAGUAUGGCGUCCAGGGCUGGGCCAUUGUUCAGUUCUUAGGAGAUGCUGUGUUUAUCCCUGCUGGAGCUCCGCAUCAGGUGCACAACUUGUACAGCUGUAUCAAGGCGGCAGAGGACUUCGUGUCUCCUGAACACGUGAGGCACUGUUUCAGACUGACGCAGGAGUUCAGACACCUUUCUACGACUCAUACAAACCACGAAGACAAGUUACAGGUGAAGAACAUCAUCUAUCACGCAGUGAAGGACGCCGUCGGGACGCUGAAGGCACAUGAGCCGAAACUGGCACGCCCUUAGGCCUUCUCUGCAAAGGCCACUCCUCUAUACACACACACACACACACACACACCUCACAUAUCUACACAAGUCAAAGCUGCAACAUACACAUUAUGAAGGUGGUGUGUGUUGUUUGGGCAGCGAAGGUCUGAGUUUAGGGAAAGAACAUUUCAUUGGAGGGAGGGGGUGGGAUUAGAUGGGGUGGGGCUGAUCAGAGCUUCAGUACGCUCAAACUUGUGUAGUUGUUUUUCAYUUAUGUUUUUCUUUUCUUUUUUGAUUAACCUUGUAUUUAUGGUCAGUGUGUUCUGUUUUCAUUGUAUAAUGUAAGAUGUUUGAUUGAUAGAGGUAAAAAGCUGCCGUGCCUUUGGAGCAGAGGUUCAGCUACAAAUAAAGCAACUGAAGAAACGUGAGGACUGGGUUAACUUUUCCUUCUAUGAUGACAUUACUUUCAACAAUACAAUCUGUUCUGGUAGUUUUUUAUUUUACUUUUGAAAGUUUUUUUUUUUUAUUUUUUUUUUUUUUUAGUUUUUAAACUGCUGAUUGUUUCUGUCGUCCAUGGCUGAAAAUGAAUUCACAAAGCAGCCAUUCAAGGGAAGCAGACCAAAGUUUUGUAUGUUUAGUUUUCUUAUUUCACUUUUAGAGUAAGAAAUUUUUCUUUUUUAUGCACACGUUAAUGAUCCGUAGAGCUUCAGAGACGACAGUUUUUGUUUCUUUCCUUCAACCUUUGUCCCGGGGGGGUUGAUGAACUGCAGACUUCCAAGAACAUUGUUAAAGAAUCACAUUUGCAGCUGAACAGAACUACUGGCCAUUAACAUUGUAUCAAUAUAUAUAUUGAUCUUAGCAGUCUGAUUUUUUUUUCACAAUAAAAUUGACAAAAACGGC